GUCUCUGAUGUUCAGGAGAUGGAAAGAGGACUGCUAAGUCUUUUGAAUGAUUUCCACUCUGGAAAACUUCAAGCAUUUGGUGAUCUUAAUUAUACAUCCUUUGAGAUGAACCUGUAUUUCCUAGAAGUGGAAGAAAAUAAUUUGCUGAGAUGUCAACUGGAGAUUCUUCCCGGAAAACCCUGGAAAUGGAGAGCUUCCACACAAGGUUCAGUGCCUGGACACCUUUUAGCAACAAGUCAUUAAAUAGGCAGCUCUUUCAGGAAAGAGUUGCUCUUAUAAGUCAUUGGUUUGACCUGUGGACUAACAAGCAACGUCAAGAAUUUUUAUUCACGAUUUUUUCACGAUGCACUAAAUCACAAUUAAGGUUUGUCCAAGACUGGUUUUCAGAAAGGAUGGAAGUGGCCAAAGUGGAUUUCUCUACAGUGUUACCACGCUUCAUUUCUCUCUAUAUCUUCUCCUUUCUGAAUCCGAAAGACUUGUGUGCAGCUGCCCAAGUCAGCUGGCCCUGGAAAUUUUUAGCUGAACAGGAUUGCUUAUGGAUGCCCAAGUGCAUUAAGUUUGGAUGGUUUCUGCCCUUUACUCCAGCAAAUAAUGAGUACGGUGCUUGGAAGCACCAUUACAUUGCUUGUGUGUCCACCUUGGAUUGGCUAACACCUAGGGAAGCUGCUGAUAUUUAUGGGACACUGAAUGAACCCAAAAGAGAAGAUGAGGAGCUACAGGAGAGACAAAGAGAAAAGUGCCUAAGGAAAAUAAUUUGGGAGAAAAUUGCACUGCGUAAGAAAGAGUUAUUCAAAGUUCGACCCCCUUGGGUGAGUGGAACAUGCUGCUCUAGAUUGUUGCAAUCCCAGUGCCAACCACGGCUCUCCCAGAGUGUGAGGGAUCAACUGGGUUUACACGAAGCUUUGGAGAAACAGCUUGUUUUGGCAUCGGCAGAAGCCUUGCCCAAGCGAAGCAAUGUUUCUGGAAGCCACUCCUACCCUUUAUUAUCAAAGAAAAAUCAGCAUGGAGUUUAUAAAAAUGAUGACAGCUGUUCAUAUGCUUUCCUGCCACACUUCAUAUUAAUAUCAUCUCGGAUUCCUGCAUAUGAGAUGGUGGUGGAGAGUGUUAAGGCCGGUGUCAUUUCCGUGGUAUAUGAACACAGCGGCAUGACCUUGGAGACUUUGUUUGAUCGCAUAGAAAAAGCUCUGGAUGGGUGGAAGGCAAAGAGUAUAGGAAUAUUUAGCGAUGGAGAUAGCAGAGAAAUCAAUUUACUCCAAGGAUAUAAAAUUGGUAUUAAAAAUUUAUUGAAGCCUGAAGUGAGAGACUUCUGGGAGAAAUUAGGAAGCUAUGUGGCCACUGAAGAAGAAGGGGGCCAUGUGGACUUCUUUGUGCCACUUGGAGCGUCAGAGGCUGGAAUAGAAGUUCUUUCUCAGCUGUCUCAACUAACUGGCACCUUCUUUACGGCCCCCACUGGGAUUGCAACUGGCUCUUACCAACAUAUUCUUAGUGAUUGGCUGGGACCACUUGAAAGGACCCCCCCUUGCAUCUACUUCAGCGAAUUAAAGCUGCAGACGUGGUGCAGCUUCACGGACUUCCUGGAAGACUCCUUGAGAUCAGUAAGGAAACUGUUACGACCUUUCUUCAGGGAGUUGCAGAAGAGCAUCAGUGGCAGGAUGAUAGGGCAGUUUAUGUUCGACACCAUGAGUACGGCCAACAUUCUUAAUAACCAAGAAGUCGCACGAGCUCUGGCAGAUGGACUGACAGAACUGUCCAAAGAAGAUUCUGAAAGAAAUGUUAUAGAAGACAAUUCUCAGAACACAAAGUCAAGUCUCAGCAAAAACGAUCUAAAUUUUGAGGUGCUGGUUAAACUGGAGAGAAAGCUCCAGAUGGACUCAGCAGAAAAGCGAACUAGAGUUGUCAAGGAACUCUUACAGAGUGAGAGAAAAUAUGUGCAGACACUGGAAAUUGUGAGAGAUGUUUAUGUAACGCCACUGAAAGCAGCAUUGUCAUCAAACAGAGCAAUUCUGAGUGCUGCAAAUAUCCAGAUCAUUUUUUCUGAUAUUCUGCAGAUUUUAAGUCUCAACAGGCAGUUUCUAGACAACCUGAGAGACAGACUACAGGAAUGGGGCCCAGCUCACUGUGUGGGGGAAAUAGUCAUAAAGUUUGGAAGCCAGUUGAACACGUAUACUAAUUUCUUCAACAAUUAUCCCAUUGUUCUGAAAACUAUUGAGAAGUGCAGAGAAAUGGUACCAGCAUUCCGAGCUUUCCUGAAGAGGCAUGAUAAGACCAUUGUGACCAAAAUGCUGAGCCUGCCGGAGCUGCUCUUGUACCCAUCCCGACGAUUUGAAGAAUAUAUCAAUCUUCUCUAUGCUCUGAGGCUUCAUACUCCUGCAGAACAUGUUGACCGUGGGGACUUGACCACAGCAAUUGACCAAAUCAAAAAAUAUAAAAGUUAUAUAGAUCAGAUGAAACAAAACGUCAGUAUGAAAGAUCAGCUGUCAGAUAUACAGAGAAUGAUCGGGGGGUGCCCUACUCUAUCAGAAGUAAACAGAUAUCUGAUUAAAGUCCAAGAUGUAGCCCAACUUCACUGCUGUGAGGAGGAAAUAAGUUUGUCUUUAAGGCUGUAUGAACAUAUACAUGAUCUCAGCCUUUUCCUCUUCAAUGACGCACUGCUUGUUUCUAGUCGGGGCACAUCGCAUACUCCAUUUGAAAGGACUACAAAAACUAUCUACCAGUUCAUUGCAUCGGUGGCCCUUCACAGGUUACUUGUAGAAGAUAUUCCAGAUUCCAAGUAUGUCAAGAAUGCAUUUAUUCUUCAAGGUCCUAAACAUGAAUGGAUUUGUGCUACCGAGGUAGAGGAUGAUAAAUUCCUAUGGUUAUCCGUACUCCAAAAUGCAAUCAAAAGUAGUAUGAAGAAGUGAGAUUGGACCCGAAGAAAACAUCAGGGUGCUAAUUCUUCCUGGCAAAGAUAGACAACAUGUUAUUUUCUGUUCCAGAAUAUCCAAUAAGAACAGAAUGAUUAUUAGUCACAAAUGAUGAGAGGAAUGAACUAGGAUGAUCCAUAAAUUUGCUUUAACAUUUAAACUUUACCAUCUAUGCUCACUUAUGUGGAAUGUACAAUCAGAACAAUCUGAGUCCAAAAUUUUAAAACACUUUUUUUGGUAAUUAUUUUUCAUGGACAAUAUUAUUUGACUAAUGUAAUGAAACCUAAGAGCAAGCAUACCGUGUAAAAUUUUUUUUAUGACCUAAUGGAAAAUAAAAUUAGAAUGAAAAGUAUUUCUUAAAUGACCAGUCUAGUAAAAUAUUUUGAUGAUUUACUAAUCAUCUUUAAAAUUUUCACAAAACAAUUACUGAUUUAAAAUAUAUGUAUAAUAUAAAUGGAAACUUACUCAGAAACUUGUUAAACAUAUCAAUAUGAAUGUACUCCUCUACAAAGCAUUAAAAAUAUACAACUACAAACUA